AUGAACAGCACGGGAGCCACGGCACAAACGCCACGCACGCGUCGCCGCGACUUUGGGAGUCUCCUGCUGGCCGAGUCGCCCGUGGGGACGAUCGGUCGCACUUACGAUAGCAAUGGUACGAUCAAUCGCACGUACGAUGGCAGCACGCCCUUGUCCAUGCGUGGCCUGCCACCGCUUCACGGCAGCAUGAAGACGCCGCGUCAUUCGUACCAUCCGCGCCGCGCUAAUGCCGCUGCGUCGUUAUUGAAUGACGUGAUCAUGGACGUUGAAGAGGACGCAAUGCUGUUGCAACGACCGAUGGACGGGACGCUGCUCAGUCCCACGCAGCGGAAAAUCAAGAUUGGGGUCUACGGUGUCUUGAACACCGUGAUUCUUGUGCCGCUCAUGAUCAGCUUUGCCCAGAUCAUCUUCCGGGAUCCCGAGUUCCAGCCGUACAUGAACGACCUCGUCAAGCUCGUGCUUGUGUCAGCUGCCGUGCAUCAAAUCUGCUUCACGUGCCUCAGCUCGCUGCCCUUUGCCAUGGGCCAAGUGCAAGACGCCGGGCUCAUCUUCCUCUCAGCAAUGGCCUCGUCCAUCAUCAAGUCACUGCAUGACCUGCGAGGCGAGGCUUUCUCCAUGGACGAGGCGCUUGCCACGACGCUGUUCACUAUGGCCGUGUCCACGGCCGCUUUGGGCGCAGCACUAAUUGUCACGGGCAAGCUCCGACUCGCCAGCUUUGUGCAGUACUUGCCGAUGCCAGUAGUUGGUGGCUACCUGGCCUUCAUUGGUUUCUAUGCCAUGGAGGCUGGCUUGUCCAUGAUGACCACAUUGAGCAUCAAGGAACCUGCCGACUGGAUCAAGCUGGCCGACUGGAAUAUGUUGCUACUGUCCGUACCGGGCGUCAUUGCUGGUGCAGCUAUCUUCUGGAUCAAUUCACGCUGGAACCACAUGGCCGUGAUGCCUUGCUGCUUGGCCGUGAUGCUGACUACAUUCUACGGGUUGCUGCUUAUCACGGGGUCGUCGCUUGACGAUGCUCGUGCAGCUGGGUGGGUCGCCCAACCUCCUCCGUCGCCGCGCUCCAUCACGCAGAUCUAUGGAUUCUACGACUUCUCCAAGAUCAACUUCUCACGCUUGACGGACCAGAUCCCGACGUGGGUUGCCAUGUACUUUGUCGUGGCCUUCUCCUCAUCCCUCGAUGUAGCUGCUGUUGAAACAGCGCUGGGAAAGCCGCUCGAUCACAACCACGAGUUGCAAACUGUGGGUGUCAGCAACCUGCUUUCGGGUCUCGGUGGUGGCUUUACCGGCUCCUACCUCUUCUCGCAGACGAUCUUUACCUUGCGCGGCAAGCUCGACAGUCGCUACGUCGGUCUCGUCGUGUUCGUCCUCGAGAUUGCGAUUGUGCUCUGCCCUUUUUCAAUCAUUGCCUACGUGCCCAAAGUCUUCUUUGGCGCGCUGCAGAUGCUCGUGUGUCUUGAUCUCAUGAUUGAGUGGCUCUGGCAUGCGCGCAAUAAGCUCCUCUCACGCGAAUACGGUAUCGUGUGGCUCACGUUCCUGUCCAUGGUCUUCGUGAACCUCGAGUUGGGCAUCGUGGUCGGCAUCAUCGUUGCUGGUUUCAACUUCAUUUACUCGUACAUUGCAACAGCCAGUGUGCACCGCGUCAUGAAACGCUCUCGUGUCGAGCGUGACCUUCGCGAGCGUGUGCUGCUUCAGAACAUGCGCAUGUCCAUCGUGACGCUGGAGCUCGAAGGGUUCAUUUUCUUCGGUUCCAGCGUGAAAGUCAUGGAUGAAGUGCGUCGUCACGUCCUGGUGACCACGACGGAGAAGCAAGAGGCGCUCACGACUUCAUUUUCUGGGUCCUCACCGCUUUUGCCUCGACGCCACGCACCCUCGCCAUACGUCGCUCGUUCGUUGGAGGACACAUUCACGGACGAUCUAGCAACGCUGGACUCCGUGUUCGACGACCACGACAUUCACGGCUACUCGUCCACGCCCAAAGCUGUUGGCAAGAACGAACCAGCUGCGCUGCAUGCGGCUCGUACGAGGUAUUUCAUCCUGGACUUCGAGAAGGUGAGUGGCGUGGAUGCCACGGCCGUGCGCAGCUGCUUCAAUGCCACGAAAGAGUUGCUUGCCCAGCACGGUAUUGUGCUCAUCUUUGCGAGUAUUCCAACGGACGCUGAACGACUGUUGCGCGUCCACGACGUGAUCGAGCAAGAAGACGGGUCUGGCUCGGGGUCUCUCGUAUUCGAUACGUUGGACAAGGCCCUGGAAUGGUGUGAGGAUGAAUUGCUUGUAUCCGAAGGCGUCCUGCCGCUCAGCGAGUCGGCGCCGGCAACAACAAACAGCGAUGGAAACGAAGGUAUGCCCUGGCAAUUGCUAGACCAGCUGCUGCCUCGUCCUGAUGGCUCGCCCGGCAAGAACGGCAAACCGAACCGCAGUAUCAGUACUGGCUCGCCGCUUCCGGAACAUGAGGCGAGUAGUGGUGCACUCACUCGGGAACUCUGCGAGAUGUACGUGACACACGUGCACAAGCAGGAAGGAGAGACGCUGUACCGUGCUGGUGGUCUUGUCAACGGCGUGUACUUCAUCGCCUACGGCAAAGUCGAUGUGUUCAUGCCGUCCAAGAUCCAUGAAGGUCUUGGGCCGGGCUUUCGAGGCCGCAAACGAAUCACGCGCGUGUGCCAAGGAGGACUCGUAGGUGCGUCCGAGCUGGUCUUGCACAAGCGUCACCAGUUCACUGCGCAGGCAAAAUCCCCCAGCUCCAUUUUCUUCCUCAGCAAGUCGCACUACGCCCGGAUGCAAAAGGCGCACCCAGAGUUGGCUGCUCGAUUCCAGCAGGCGAUGCUGCAAUCCAUGGCUAUUGGGGUUCUGGAGUCCAACAUGGCGGACGACUGA